AUGAAGGCAUUCUUCCUUGCAAGUGUCCUGCUGCAAGCAUGCGGGAUCACGGAAGCCGGCCUUAUCAAGCAUCGACAGGAAGAUGGCGGUCCUAUUGCGUUCUCGGAGCCCGUAUAUCCAUCACCGUGGAUGGACUCUGGCGCUGAUGGCUGGAGUGAAGCCUAUACCAAGGCAAGGGCUUUUGUCUCCCAAAUGACGCUGCUCGAAAAGGUCAACUUGACUACUGGCGUGGGCUGGAUGAAUGAACGAUGCGUCGGCAAUGUCGGGGAUAUCCCCCGCCUAGGCCUACGCGGCCUGUGCAUGCAAGACGGCCCAGUCGGGGUCCGACUCACCGACUACAACUCGGUCUUCCCAUCGGGGCAAUCGGCUGCUGCUACCUGGGACAGGGAUCUGAUCUAUCGAAAGGCUCAGGCAAUUGGUAGGGAGUUUAGGGACAAAGGCGUUGAUGUCGUGCUUGCACCUGUCGCGGGUCCUCUCGGGCGAAACCCUUCCGGUGGCCGUAACUGGGAGGGUUUCUCUCCCGACCCAUGGCUGACCGGCGUGGCUAUGGCUGAGUCGGUUGAGGGCUUGCAAAGUGCUGGUGUCAUCGCCACUGCAAAACAUUUCAUUGGAAACGAACAAGAGCACUAUAGAAUCAGUUGGGAGGCAGCCGGUCAUGGACUUCCCCAUCUUGCCGAGUCUUUGUCGUCUAACAUCGACGAUAAGACCAUGCAUGAGCUUUACCUAUGGCCCUUCGCCGAUGCCGUCAAAGCUGGCGUGGGCUCCGUCAUGUGCUCAUAUCAGCAGGUCAAUAACUCUUACGGCUGCCAGAACUCCAAGCUUUUGAACGGCCUGCUGAAGAAUGAGCUAGGCUUCCAGGGCUUCAUUAUGAGCGACUGGAUGGCUCAACACAGCGGAGCGGCAACCGCCGUCGCCGGGCUUGAUAUGACCAUGGCUGGCGAUACUAUCCUGAACACCGGCAGGAGUUACUGGGGCACCAAUCUAACGCUUGGGGUAUUGAACGGUACUGUGCCAGCUUACAGGGUUGAUGACAUGGCAAUGAGGAUCAUGGCCGCCUACUUCAAGGUAGGCAGAACGGUAGAGGACCAGCCCGAAAUCAACUUCUCCUCGUGGACCGAUGACGCCUACGGCCCCGUCCAAUUCACUGCCCAAGAGAACUGGCAGGUCGUUAAUCGUCAUGUAGACGUGCGAUCUGACCAUGCGAACCUCAUUCGCGAGAUUGGUGCUGCUGCCACAGUGCUCCUAAAGAACGAGGGCUCGCUUCCUCUCCAGAAGCCCAAGUUUCUUGGUGUAUUUGGCGAGGACGCUGGUCCAAACCCGAACGGACCUAACAGCUGUGCCGAUAGGGCAUGCGGAGAAGGUCUCUUCGCGGCUGGAUGGGGCUCUGGCACAGCAAACUACCCGUAUCUCAUCACUCCCGACUACGCUCUUCAGCAACAGGCUCUUGAGGAUGGAUCAAGGUACGAAAGCGUUCUGACGAACUACGGAAUACAAACGACUCUCCUGGCCUCCAAGGAAGAAAUCACAUCUAUCGUCUUUGUUCAUGCAGGUUCUGGGGAGGGUUACCUUGGAGUCGACGGGAACUUUGGCGACCGCAGGAACUUUACUCUAUGGAGAGACGGCGAUGCCCUUAUCCACAACGUUUCUUCCAACUGCAACAACACCAUCAUCGUCAUUCAUUCGCCCGGCCCUGUUGACGUUACCUCCUGGUACGAGAAUCCCAACAUCACCGCCAUAGUAUGGGCAGGUCUCCCCGGCCAAGAAGCCGGCAACGCCAUCACCGACAUCCUUUACGGCAAAGUCAACCCAUCGGGCAAGCUUCCGUUCACUUGGGGCCCAAACCUAGAGAGCUACGGGGUGGAUGUUCUCUUUGAGCCUAACAACGGCAAGCAGGCUCCUCAGGUCGAUUUUGACGAGGGAGUCUUUAUCGACUAUCGCCACUUUGACCGCGUGGCUCCCAAUGGCGGCGAGGGUGCUCCCAUCUGGGAAUUUGGCUUCGGUCUAUCGUACACGACCUUUAGCUACUCCGAUAUCCAGGUCCGGAAGUGGCCAGUCCAGCCUUACAGCGCUUUCUCAGGCUCCUCUCGUGCCGCACCAGUCUUUGGCAACUUCUCCCCCAACUAUCAGGACUAUCUCUUCCCUGAGGAUCAGUUCAGCUUCUCGAGGACCUUCAUUUACCCCUACCUCAACUCAACCGACCCCCGCGAAGCUUCGGAUGACAGGGAUUAUGGCCAGACAGCGGCCGAAUUCCUGCCCCCGAACGCCCUCAGCUCAUCCGCACAGGCUGCACAUCCCGCUGGUGGUGCGCCCGGCGGCAACCCCCAGCUAUGGGAUGUCUUGUACACCGUGACCUGCACUGUCACCAAUACUGGAGACGUGCUUGGUGCCGAGGUUGUAGAGCUCUAUGUGUCCCUCGGCGGCCCUGACGAACCUGUCCGUGUUCUGCGUGGCUUCGAUCGCUUCACUCUAGACCCUGGCGCUAGUGCCACUUUCUCGGCGUCGCUGAAUAGGCGUGAUCUCAGCAACUGGGAAGUUACUCUCCAAAACUGGGAGGUCACUGAGCACGAGAAGACGGUAUAUAUCGGCAGUUCGUCGCGAAACCUGCCUUUGUCUGCGGCUUUGCAAUAG